AUGGAGAGUAAUAUCAAGCAAUUGCAGGAAAUGGGGUUCUCCACCGAACAAGCCGAGAAUGCCCUCAAACAUUCUCAAAAUGAUCUUGAACAAGCCAUAGCUUACUUAUUUGACGACACUGGACCUGUCCACGGAGUACCUAUUCAGGAACAAUAUAGCGGAGAAUACAUUGAGAACACUGUUCAAAUAUCCAAUACUGAAGACAUCCCAGAAAUAUAUCCCUUGACAGCCGGAGCCAGUAGUUAUGAGCCGUCAAACAAAUAUUCUGAAUGGGAUCAAAAGUCAAAUCAAGGCGACAUUCAAGAAUAUGUGGACACAUCAAAGGCUGAAGGAAAUAGAGACGAAUUUGAUGACUACAAUGAUGAUAAUGAUGAUGAUGAUGAUGAUGAUGAUGAUGAUGAUGAUGGGAAAGAAGACAAGAAACAACAACAACUACAGCAGCAACCCUCAAUUUUUGACCGCAAAGAAGCUUUUGUUAGAGCAGCAGGAAUGCCACCAGUAGUGCUACCCAAGGAAAAGGCUACUGCUCAGGGAUACGUGACAGCAAUGUAUAUCAUCUUGAGUCAAAUACAUGCACUUCGGGAUAGAGUUCUCAAAGAAGAUGUGCCACAAGAAUACCUGGACAAUUGGUUCAACGAUAUCGAAAACCAGUCACAAGGGGAAACAAUCGCCAAUGCAUGUGAUUCUGAAGAAAGUAACGGUGUAGACAGUGAUGAUCACACCGACACCAAGUCUACAAACUCAGACAGCUCCGAAAAUCUUGUACAACAAUCACGUAAUUUCAUUAGAGAGUUGCAAAGAAUUAUCGGCUUCCUCACUCCGAUUAGCAACAGAGCAUUUAUCAGUUCUAAUUCGCUAUGCGAAACACUUCCGGCUGAAUUAUUUAGCCCCGAUAUUGAAGAUUGGGAUGAAGCAUUGAGUCAUAUCGAUCGACAGUUGGCUGCAGUUUUUAAAAGCAAUUUGAUGCGUUCAAAUGACCAAGCUAUCAGCAAAGGAAAACUAUUUGUCUCCGAAAUUGAGACAGAAGACGAUAUGUUUUCCGAAGUGAGAGUAUUUGAAGUUGAUGGUCCAGUGCGAGGAGGAAGUGUUUGCGAAACUUUUAAUAACUUAUUGUGGAAUGAAAAUAACUACAAAUUGCUGUCGGCAGCACCAGUGUUGGCAAUACAGAUCAAUGCUGAUGAGCGAGAUAUGCAACCUGUGGGAUUAUCGGUGGAGAGAUAUUUCCAUCCCAGCAUCUAUGGUCCUGAAUAUCAGCAACUAAUUCUUGAUAUGAGGGAGAGAAAAUUAGCCAUUGGUAGAGAAAGAACAAAUUUAACGUCCCAAAUUAUGUCUUUGAGCUCAUUUGAAGGCUCAAAGAUCCGCAGCGUACUUGAAUGUACGCAAGAGUACCUUGCAGAAUCCAAUGAGAAGGAAGCUUCAAGAGACGUUGCUAACUUGGCAGAGAAUAUGAAGAAUAUGUUGGCACAAUUAAACGAGAAAGUGUUGCAAGUAGCUGGAGAAUAUGCUAAAUUGGACCCUAAUAACCAUGAAAAUAUAUUGAAUCAAAUUACUGAAAACGAGGAGUAUACGCAGCCUGAUAAGUUUGCAUUUACAGCUGCUGUAUUCUCCGAUGAUGAAUACAUAUAUAAACUAAACCAUUCACUGUCAUCUACUACUACAUCUACUGCUACAUCUACUGCUACAUCUACUGCUACAUCUACUGCUACAUCUGACUCUUCUGAUGAAUGGGUUUUGUUCGAUGCAACUUCGCAUGGAAGUUCCAGAAUUGAUAGCUAUGUGAGCCAGUACAUGAGCUUUGAAGAGGCCCGAGAGUACAUCUAUAAGGAAACGAGCCGACCAAAUAGGUCUGUUUUACUCUUGUAUGUCAACGAGGAUUUGGUGCAUAGUACGACCAGCUCGUCUCUACCAGAAAGAUUAGUUGAGUUUUUCAGAGCAGAUAACAAAGAGUUGGCACAUGCUGAGCAAUCAUCACAAGCACACGCGCAGGUGGAACUGAGAUCACCAUCAUCAAAUGCCAGUAACGGUGAAGUUUCUCUGCCUCUUUCGAGCACAGCAAGUGGUCCAAAACAUGAGAAUAUAGAGUUAAUAGAUAUCUAA